AUGGAUUCAACUCCCCUCGCCAACCUCCCUCACGACUGCUGGUUAGAGAUACUAGAGCGUCUACCACAGCAGGAUUUAAAUAACCUGUCACAUGUUUCUCGCGACACCCGUGUUUCAGCUGAGCCUUUCUUGUAUCGAUCAAUCCACUGGGACUGGAAGAAUCCCCCGAUCCAUAGAAUUUUGCUCCUUCUCCGGACUAUCUCCGUGCGACCAAAGUUGGCUUCCUACAUCCGGCAUGUCAGUUUCGUAUGGUGGGAUAUGGAAUCACAGGAGGGGACAGAGCUUCGCAUCCCCAAAGGAGCAGUUGACUGGGGCAAGAUGAUGCUACAGUUUAGGCCCACUUUGAGAUGGGCCCGGAAGGUUGUUCGAGACGCAAAAUUCUCGGCAAAAUUCGAUACGAAAUGGAUCACACGACUGUUUGAUGGAGACGCCUACGUCUACGCCACACUGCUGAUCUCGCAACUCCACAACCUUCGCAGCCUUCGACUAGACUACUCAUUCGUGCUUGAAGGGGGCUUUCCUGGGGAGAUGUUGCAUCAUUCUCUCUUUGGCAAUGCACCCCCUGGCAUAUUAAGUCGCUUCUCAAAAUUAGAAAUGGCCGACUAUGGAAGCAAUCUUCCUCUCAAAAAGCCCCGCGACGGUGAACCGAUCAGAAUCGGCAGAACUUGUCAAUUUGUCCCCUGGUUCCACCUUCCUUCCUUGAAGAUUCUUGAGUUUUGGCUCCAUGGUGUGGAGGGAAUUUGUGUCUCCCCUACGGAGAUUCCGAAAAAGUCCUUGAAUUUGCCAAACCUGCGCACUCUUGUCAUUGCCAAGACACGUGUUUUACCUGAGGACAUCGCCGCACUGGUGUCUCAGGUGCCAUAUCUGGAGUCCUUGCAUGUGGGCAUGUCCUACAAAUGCCGGGCAACAGCCGAGUUUCUCAGGGACCCUAAAUGCCUCCUUCAUUCCUUGGAAACUUCGGGUCAAGCAAUCGAACACCUUUCUAUCAGUGUGGAGCUUCCCCCAUGUUGUGUAGAAACCUUCCGUCUGCGUAUGGCGGAUGAAACUGGUGCGCCAUUUCGUGGCAUCUUGAAGAGGUUCCCCAAACUGAAAACAGCAUCUUUACCACUCAACUUUCUCAUCGGCUGGGGUACAACGCCCUACGAACUUCAAGAUGUACUGCCACUCACUCUCGAAGCCCUUCACAUACGGCCGGAUCUCUGGGGAGCCCCGCACCCAAUUAUAUUCGAAAUGGAAACACUUCAAACAUUAGAGACAUUUAUGGUACACAAGCAGCGUGGCUCCCAUCCUUCUCUUAGGACAUUCUCCUACCAAGGACAGAAUGAGUAUGAUGAUCGGGAACUCACUGCCAUGGGCUUCCCCGACGGUUUUAAGUACGCCCACUUGGUUAAGCGGGAAGCAAUGAGCCUAUUCUGUCUCAGGAAAGGAUACAAUCUGUUUUCUCGAUAUAGUGACUGCACACCUGCUUUCAUGUUAAGGAGUGUGACCUUGGUAGACAACGUCAUUCACCAGUUCCCUUGGCCGUUCGUUGGGGUCGAUGAGCUCCCCGCAAGCAUGCCUCGAUAUUCAAGAACAACAUCAAUCACACCAUUAAAUAGGGUGUCAACUAGUGAGAAUGCAACUGAUGCGAAUUGA